UGACUCUUUUAUUUUUACUUUUCUUUUUAUUUAUUAUUAUCAUCAUUGUUAUUAUCAUUGGCUCUCUCUUAUUUUCCAGGGAUACACGGCACUCCACAUUGCAAUGCAGUUCGAUCACGAGAAUAUUUUCAAUUUACUCGUCCAGGUUUACGGAGCCAACCAGGAUAUUCGGGACCACAGUGGGAAGAAGGCCAGGCAGUAUCUGGCCUCGCAGGAGGCUGCGGUUAGCCAGGAUACCUUCCGAAAAAUAAAAGCAAGGAAAAAGCACACAGAGAAAGAUCUUGGUUUCCUACGAAUUGGCUCAUUGAACGUCCGCGUGAAACGUACGACGGAGGCCUUCAGCCAAUUUCUGGGUGUGGCCAGUAGUGGAAAUAAUGAGAAGAUUCACAAGAGUUGGGGAUCUGCCGAUAACAUUCAGGAAAACAAAGUCAUGCCUCCACCCAAAUACGCACCAAUAAAGAAACGUCGAAGUAGACGAGCCCAAGACUUCACUCCUUCUCGUCAACAAGCUGCUAGUCAACCAAGCACACCUCUACCACAUACUAAAAUAGUGGGAAUGGAUAAUCCAUCUAGAUUAACAAAACGGCCUUCUUCGACCACUGCCGUAUCACCAAGUACACCAAGACCAUCACGAGAACAUGAUUCUGAUUCCGACGGAGCCUGCGGUUUCGAUUCUGCCUGGCGAGGCUCCGCCCAAUUGUGAAUUAUCUUAUUUAUUUCAGUAUUCAGAGAUCUUAAAAGGAAUUCAGGGAAUUUUGUAAAUCGAGCAUUUUGUUAUUUUUAAAUUUUCCUUUUCAUUAAUCAUUUGAAGAGUGAAAUAUAUUGUAGUGCCUUAGAUGUGUAGAAAUGUUCUGGUUGUUGAAUAUUUAUAAUUUGAUGAUUUUUGUCUUGUAUCAAUUGGACCUCGUAGUGAUAGCAUCAGUUAUUCGAAUUUACCUGAAUUAUGAUAUUUAUAGCCAAAAUUUGAAUUUGUAUCUUGUAUUCUCGAACAGCGCUAUCUAUUAGGAAAUACCAUCACAUUAUUGUAGAUUCAAUGUCAUGGUACCAUCGUAAAUAUGUCUACUUUACCAGCAACCAGUGAACUUAUACUCAAGCUGGUGCUGCCCCCUGUGCGCUUGAUAACUACCGACCAACAGUAUGUCAGCAUUUACGUUUAAUUAUGAUGAUAUUAUUAUUCUUUAUAAUUUCUGAAAGAUAAGUGCACUGAGGACAUGAGUGAGAUAUUUUUAAAUAGUGUCUUAUCUGACAGAUUUUAUUUUCGAAUAUUUCAUAACAAGAAAACUUAUCAUCAAAGUCUUACUAAAUAAAACUGAUGAGGCGAGCAUUA